CGUGUGUGUGCGUGUGUGUGUUUUUUCUUAGCAAUAUAUAGGACCAUGUGUAGAUAGUCCAGGAGUUCUGUUGGAUAGACAGUCAAUUGGCAGCAACCCUCUCGCUCUCUCUUUUUUCUCUCUCCCUCUACCUUCUCUCUCUCAAGAGAACGAGCUGGGAUAUAAAGCUCUCACUGGAAAUUUUAUCUCAGUUUUUUUAGUGGUUCUGAGCACCUGCCUGUGUCAAAAUGAGUGACGCUCUGCUGGAUGAUGGGUCCUUCAUGUUCACUUCGGAGUCUGUUGGAGAGGGACAUCCAGACAAGAUCUGUGACCAGAUCAGUGAUGCUGUCCUGGAUGCUCACCUGAAGCAGGACCCAAAUGCCAAGGUCGCCUGUGAGACGGUUUGUAAGACUGGCAUGGUGCUGCUGUGUGGAGAGAUCACGUCCCGGGCCAACGUAGACUACCAGAAGGUUGUCAGAGACACCAUACAACACAUCGGUUAUGACAACUCAGACAAAGGUUUUGACUAUAAGACGUGUAAUGUGUUGGUGGCUCUGGAGCAGCAGAGUCCAGACAUCGCUCAGGGUGUCCACAUCGACAGGAAAGAGGAAGAUAUGGGAGCUGGAGACCAGGGUCUGAUGUUUGGCUACGCUACUGACGAGACAGAGGAGUGCAUGCCUCUCACCAUCGUCCUGGCUCACAAACUCAAUUCCAAGAUGGCCGAACUCAGACGCAACGGAACCAUCCCCUGGCUCCGCCCCGACUCUAAAACACAAGUGACAGUACACUAUGAGCAGGAGCACGGGGCAGUGAUCCCUAUAAGGGUCCACACCGUGGUCAUCUCUGUUCAACACGAUGACUUCAUUGGCCUGGAGGAACAGAAGGAGGUGCUCAAGGAGAAGGUGAUCAAGGUAGUGGUUCCAGCUAAGUACCUGGAUGAUAAGACCAUCUACCAUCUUCAGCCCAGUGGACGCUUCGUCAUCGGAGGACCCCAGGGUGAUGCUGGAGUGACGGGUAGGAAGAUCAUCGUUGAUACGUACGGAGGCUGGGGGGCCCAUGGUGGGGGAGCUUUCUCUGGUAAAGAUUUCUCCAAGGUGGAUCGCUCGGCUGCCUAUGCUGCCCGCUGGGUGGCCAAGUCCCUGGUCAAGGCCAAACUGUGCAGGAGGGUGCUGGUUCAGGUAUCCUACGCUAUCGGAGUGGCUCACCCUCUGUCCAUCUCCGUGUUCACCUACGGCUCGUCACAAAAGUCAGAGAGAGAGCUGCUGAAGAUCGUAAACAAGAACUUUGACCUACGACCUGGUGUCAUUGUCCGGGAACUGAACCUGAAGAGGCCAAUCUACCAGAAGACAGCGUGCUACGGCCACUUUGGCCGGAGUGAGUUUACCUGGGAAGUCCCCAAGGAGCUCAACUACUAAACAUCUCCCCCUGGUGGUCAAGUAUAUAACAAGCUCUUAAACACCCCCGUGGUCAAAUAUAUAACAAGCGCUUAAACAUCAAACCCCUGGUGGUCAAGUAUAUAACGAUCCCUCCCAGAGAUAGAAAAUAGGCCCCCUCUACAGGCUACAACCACAAAUGGUUCUGCUUUUUCAUUGGCUAGUGUUGGGGUUAAGGUUUAGGAUUAGGGUGAAAGGAUGUUUUUGGUUAGUGCUAAACAAUAAUUUAUGUGAUUGUAGCCCAUAGAGGGGAUUUGUUUGUUUAUACUUCUUAUCUUGAAUGAGAGGGGUGCAAUUUAUAGAGGGAAUCUCUAUUCUCCCUCCCUCCCUCUGCUCCAUCUCUAUUUCUAUCACAUCAAAACAUUUCAGUCAACAGAGAGGAAGAACUCACUGUGAUUUUAAUCAGACAAUCCACACAUUUUCAUUCAGAUAAAAGGUGUCCUUUGUAUUGUGUCUCACUUAUGUGCCUUAGUAUCAAAACAAUGACAUGUUAGAAGUAUUACAUGUGCAGAAGUAUUUGUUCACACUCAGUCUGGACAAAUAGUGAUUCCAUUGUCACUUCUGCUAUUAAACAAAGAAACAAAUGAAAUGAAUAAAUAAAGUUAAACAUUGAAAAUAUAUAUAUAUAUAUUUUUUUUUUUCAAUGUUUAACUUUAUUUAUUCAUAUAUAUAUAUAUAAAGCAGAACGUUUAGCCUCAAAACUGUGAAUUAGUGAUGUGCGGUUGGACUCAUAACCAGCAGUCGGGUUUAGGGGCAUGAAAUACAGUAAGUAUUGUGUGGAUGAAGGGCGGGUGAGUGGCGGGCAGGUUGAAUAAAGAGAAAACAGUGCAUUAAAAACCCAUAAAUAUAUAAUUCUUCUGCAAUUCAUAUCUAUGGGCUAUUUUUAUCUGGCGUUAGUGCGUAGCCUGAGCCCUAACUGUAGUGUGCCAAAUACAUGCAAAUUCUCAAAUGCUUUUGGGAAUUUGGACAGAAAAAGACUUAACACACUGAGGCAAAAAAGGACAAUGUCGGAGUUUAAUUCAAUAAGAGAAAAGCUGAGUAAUGGAGUGUUGAAAAUAAAUAAAAUGGAAGGCCAGGGAAAGAUUUGGUAACGUGGUAACAGUGCCAUGUGUGACGAUUGUGAGGCGCUAUACAAAUUCGAUAGUGACAAGACCCGGACUUCAAAGUACACGUCAAGGGAACUGUUCGGUUCAGAUGGGUUAAAUGGAAAAGUGACCUAACUGUAGGUCUACAACACUUCACAUAACCUGAUAUAAUAUUAACUCCUGCAAAAUUAAAAAUUUGUUGCAGUAAAUUUUACACCAAA